AUGAUGAUGAUGGUCUCUCGUUCUGCCGUCCUUGCUUGCCUCGUUCUAUGCAUUUUUCUUCCAUUGAACGAUGGUUUAAAAUGCUACUCAUGUACAGUUUGCAAUGAUCCUUUCAAUGAAGGCGAUAUGAAGAUAGAAGAAAAGCCUGAUAAUGAAGGUUACUAUUGCACAAAAAUCCAUGCUGGAAUCGCGGUAAACCGUGGUAUAUCGAAAAAAUGUGAUCCAAUCCAUGUGUUUGGCAAAGGUCAAUGGUGCUGUCAAAAAGACCUGUGCAAUCACAGCAACAAAAUAACAUCAACGAGUAUCAUAUUGUUUGCUUUGAUAAUGACUGUGUCAAUGAAGUUUUUCUAA